AUGCCCGACUUUACCUGCGGGAAUGGGCGGGGCCUCGCGCACCGCCAACGGCAAGAGGCGGACCACCACCAAAAGGAGUGCCAGGGCACAUGCCCGCUCCGACUUCAUGGGUGGGCUUGGGCCGCCCGAGAGGAAAGGCCCUGGCCCUGGGCGCGCGUCCAGCAGCAGGCGGGUGAGCGGAGGCGUGGCACCCGUGAGGAGGAGGAGGAGGGCGAGGAGGAGGAGGAAUUCUUUCUGGAAGCGGAGGGCUGGACUUUCGGCGGAGUUAGCCGCUUCAGCUUGCGACCCCGACACGGGAGUCAUCCAUAG